CCGUCAGACAGGGCUUUGAGUCGCUGUAAUGUGCCAUAUUGGACGGACUCGCUGACACAGCGCACUUUUUCACCCUCACCCCCCUCCUCUGUCUGUCAGGCUGAAGAUGGUGGCAGGCGGCUAAUUCCAACUUCGGACUGCUUUGUUUUUCUUCCUGCGAAGCGCACUUCAUUGUUGAGCGGCCGUCUAUCGCGCACGUCUCCACGGUCACCUGUUCUGCUCCACAGUGAGCCUGGGAUGACGGAAGUGGAGCCUGUGCUGGACUUUGCCUCUUCGGGCCGCUCUGGGAGGCGAAAUGCCCUCCCAGACAUCCUUGGAUCCCCAGCAGGAGUAAAUCCUGGCGACCUGCCUCUUAAACUGGCUGAGCUGUCUCUCGAAGAUGGCCCUGGAGGAGCUCAGUCACCCACGGCAGAGGGGCCUCCCGCACCACCAGAGAGCUCAGAGGAGAAAAAUGGAUCGUAGAACCUUGCUUGUUUAACUCCCUGAAGACAAUGCAGAGAUCAACUUAAAAAAUGGGGAAGAAGCAAGGCAGGGAACGACCUGUGGAAGAAUGAGCAGAGUUUGUCUGCAUCUCCUUCAUUGUGGAGCAGCAGUAGCUCAGCGGGAGAGACAGACACGGGGGGAGAGGAACCCAAGAGAGGACUGAAGACUGGAGCUUAAGACUGUUCAACACUUUGCACUAUAUGAGAAGAUUCUGAUGACACUCUGAGUCUGUUGGUGUUUAUCUGUGCAAAGGUGGUGCAAACAACCACUGAGAAGACAAUGCGGUUAAUAAAAGGGAUUGUAAAAGAUUGCCCUCUGUACAUUACUAUUUUUCUAUGUUUUAUUUAAAUCAAGGAACUCGUAGAUAUAAUUUUUCCUGCUUUUGCUUUUUUUUCCCUUUUCACUACAGUCUACAGGUUGGAAACUUUUUACCCCAUUGGCACAAACUAAUACAUAACUUCAGUGAAUUAUGAAAUUUUUCUGGUCUAGCUUUAACUCUAAAUCUGAAAUUGUGUCUAUAUGUAUUCAAAUCUAAGGCUAGGCUGUGCUAUAGUUGUUAAGUUCUUCCAGUUAGACUGUUCAUUUUUUUCAUACAUUUUUGCUGUUUAAUUAAUUGGAGCAAAUAGUGUGGUUUCCACACUUUGAGACAUUCCUCUACAGAACAGUGUUCUGUUGCCAGUUAUGCCCAAUAGCGUUUUAUGACAUAGCUGAUAGUUUAAGUUAUUUACAUUUCUUUAUAGUUUUGAUGAUGGCUGCUGACUUUUCUAAAUUUCUGAAAGUUUGUGCCUAGAGGUGGUUAAGCUAUAAAGUACUGUUAUCUUCUAACUAUGGGGUACUAAUAUUUCCUCAGAUGUAACUAGAGCUCCAUCUUCACUACUGUUAGGACACCUGUUCUGUAAAGCUGCUCAUUUUGUCUCGACUAAAGCAUAUCCCUGUACAAACAUUUCACACUGGGAGCACGCCUGACUUCUGCCUCGCCACCCAGAGGAGAGUCUGCCUGUGUUCAUCAACACCGAAGUGGAGCUGUGAAUU